AUCAAAUUGUUAGUUUCUGUAAGAAGUGGGCAGAUGUUGUGGCCCCGGGUUCUUAUUUGGAAUUGCUGCCGAGAGUCUAAGACUGAAGGGAAGAACAACACGCAGGGACACAGGCCAUUUUCCGCAUACACACGGACUGCUUGCUGGAGAGCUACAUCCUCGUGUCUACACUCCACGCACGACUCAAACCAACUGAUCUCUCUCUCUCUCUCUCUACCAGCAAGCUUGUCCUGUUUUAUUCAUACAAAUUCACGUAUUCAUACAUACUAUAGAGGUGACAAUGCUUUUGAAGUCUCUCUGUUGUUCUAGAUAUCAAAGGCUGGGCGACUACCGUGUAUGUGUUAGUUCUGUCUAUGGCUUUGGUGUGAAUCAUUUACACCUGUCACAUGCGGAGACGAACCUUCGUCUCCAGACGACAGUAAUCAAAAUGCAAAUCUCCAUACUUCUCACUCUGGCUACAGCUCUGUGGCACUAAUCAAAACAACAACAUACUUAAGCCCUACCAAAGUGAUACCAAAUAAUACAUACAAAGUAUAAAACACAGUGAAGUUCAUUUCGCCCUACUUACAUUUCGAAGGAGGCUUCUGUAACCACGGUACCAUGGCAAUAGAACGAACAGAACCGACAACAUGGCGUUCCUAGCUGACUGAAUCUACGGAAAUAAACAACAACAACAACGAUAUUGCGCUGUUAGUUGAUACACUAAUGACAGGAGUUGCUGGUUUCUCUUGCCGAGACGUGAAUAGUUUUCAACGUUUGUGUACCCCAGAAAUACUCCCAGUCCAACUGCAGUAGGCAAAAGACUCCGAUCACGAUUUCUACCGGUAGUUCUAAGCAGGUAUUCCUACACUCUUCCCUGACAUUUGGAACUGUACAUCGCCCAAAACCAGCUGAAGACUCGGACAUGGAAGGUUUGAUAGACUUACAAGACGUCAGGAUACCCCCCGCAGCGGCCAUGCACCUGGCCAUAAAGGAGUACCUGGCCGCCGCCAAGCUACCCACCUUAGACAGGCUGCUGCAGGGUACUGGGUUCACUCUGGACACCCUACAGAAGAGACUGGUGAACGCGAGUUUGGACGGAGCACGUCCUGAAAGGGUGAUAUCAGCGGCACAAAUCAUCAACAUGUACCGGUACGACACUGCCGAGGUGCUGUUUUACCUGAGCGCCGAUCUGUGCAAAAUCCCUCUCAGAAACUUCGGACCAGCUUACCACGAGCUACAGAGGGCCUACAUUGAGGCGAUGGCCAUGAUCCCGGAGGCUCCGGACAUCCACGCGUCCGGCGAUUCUAACUCGAGGAUGGAGACACUGAUGGAGGAAGAGGAUGGAGUGGAAGAUGAAGAUGAAGAGGAAGGUGAGGGAGAUGUUGAGAUCGAGGACUGGGCAGAGGCUGAGGAAGAAUUCGAAAUAGAAGAAGCACUGGAAUAGCAGGUUGACUGAUAAAUCUACACUGAUGUUGUCUACAUUGGUCUACCGUACUGCCUGUAUGUAGAGCUAUGUAUAGAUUAUGAGUUUUGGUGAAUCACGUAUUGAAAAUACUUAUGAGUUAUACAUGAGUUCUUCGUGCCAGCCAAAAAGGACAUGUACAGUGCGCUGUGGUCGACGUACGGUCGGAGAUUGCUUUCGAUGAUAAUCAAAGGCUGGCAAAGUGCUCGUCUGGCUAAAAAUAGGAGAGUAUAUAAUAUGAAUGUGCCUUUGCUGUAUAAUCAAAUGUGAGACAGUCUUGGAGGCCGUCGGACAUGAAUUACAACUAGAAAGGCCGGUAUUUGCUUAGGAGCAAAUUCAGCUAUUUUCACUCCGCUCCCCCCCUUUAUGCAAACAUGGACUGUUCCAAAAUUGAAUUUGAAAAAAAAUAAAUCCCAUGUGAGAAUGACGGAACUACGCUGCUACUAUACUAUUUUUAUUAUGUAUACGGUAAUCCAAUUUU